CAUUACGCAAAUACACUCUGGUCCCGUCUGUCUGCAUAUCAUUGCGUUUUGACGUUUUGGCAGGAACAUCACCCGUGUAAUAGUUACCUCGUUGUGUAUUUAAUCAACAUUAAUUUGCAAAAUGAACAGGCUCUUUGGACGUGCUAAACCCAAGGAACCGCCACCAAGCAUCACUGACUGCAUCGCGGGGGUUGACAGUAGGGCAGACUCUGCAGAAAAGAAGAUAGCUAGACUAGAUGCAGAGUUGAAGAAGUACAAAGAUCAAAUGGUUAAGAUGAGGGACGGGGCAGCAAAGAAUGCAGUAAAGGCCAAGGCUCUGCGUGUGUUAAAGCAGCGAAAGAUGUACGAGGCUCAAGUAGAUAACCUGCGUCAACAGGCAUUCAACAUGGAGCAAGCAAACUAUGCCACUCAGACGUUAAAGGAUACCCAAGCAACUGUAGUUGCUAUGAAAGAAGGCGUUAAGCAAAUGCAAAAGGAAUUCAAAAAUAUUAACAUUGAUCAAAUUGAAGAUAUGCAAGAUGAUUUAGCAGAUAUGUUAGAACAAGCUGACGAAGUGCAGGAAGCGAUGGGUCGCAGCUACGGAAUGCCAGAAAUUGAUGAUGAUGAAUUGGCAGCGGAACUAGAAGCUCUUGGUGAUGACCUUGCCUUGGAUGAAGAUACUAGUUACUUAGAUGAUGCUAUUAAAGCACCUAGUGCCCCAGACAAAGAACCUGGAGCAAGUUCAAUCAAGAACAAGGAUGGUGUUCCAGUGGACGAAUUUGGCUUGCCACAAAUACCUGCUAGUUAAAUUUAAAGAUACAUCAAAAUGUAUAGAUAAGGCAAAUAUAAGCUUAAGAUUAUUCGCA